CCAUGGCCACAGGAGGACACACCCAUGAUGAACAUCUGCUCAGAGAAGAAAGGAAACAAGAUCUCCAAGAGAGGCUGAGAGCAGUGGGACUGGCUGCUGAGUACUGGUUACCAAUGCUGCAGGAACACCUGGGUGUGACCUGCGCACAGGCCUUACAACACCUUGAUGAAGAGGACCUCCAGAAGCUGAAAGACCAGACACGACAUCCAUGGGAGAAAAGAGCCCUGGAGAAGCUGCUGCACCUGUCACCAUCCAAGAUUUCAGGGUCAAAGCAGUCUCCUGUGGAACUGAUGAACCAAAAGCAGAUGCAGGCAGAAAAGGCACUGCAAGAACUGCAGAAAUUGUUGUCUGAAGGGAGGCAGCGACAGGAAGAGGUAGUGAAGAGAAAGGAAGAAGAGCUGAGGCAAGCAAUGGAAAUACCUGAGGAGUACUGGCCACCACCUGAAAAGUCACUUUGGGAGGUUCUAGACAACAUGCAGAAACUAUUCAGGCUCACAGAGGGGAUCCAGACUGCUAGGCAAAACCUUCCAGACAGAGAUCUGGUGAGAAGGGCAUCUGGAGGACUGGCCCUGCAGGGGAUUUACAAAACCAGCCAACAAAGGGACCUGCUUGAAAGAAGAGAGGAGCUACUCAGCCUGCCCAAGGAGCUUUCACUCCUUGGACCUGAGCAGGGCACACGAAUGGAAACAGUUGAAUUCACCUCCCGAGAAGCAGAGUCUAUGUUCACACAGAGUGUAGAGAAGCUGGGCUUAAGCUUAAGUGAAUCAGCUGAGGUUGUAGGCUUGGAAGUUAGUCUAGAAGAGGGUAUGAAUCACAACCAACAUUCAGAAUUCAAGGAAAAAGAACAAUCACAUUCUGAGCACUCUUAUUUUUGUUCAACCAAGUUCAGCUAUGUCCCCCUGGCCUCCUGCCACUUCUCCAUGGAUCAGCUCAAGUUAUCCAAGGCUGCUCUGCAAGAAUUGAAGUGCAUUGAAGACAUCCUGCAACAGACCCCUAGCUCUGACAAACUGCCCACCAUGUUGAGGUGCAGGAUGGAAAAAUUCUUCCACAGAUUUGGUUCUCAUGCAAACCAAGGCCCUCUGCACCUGGGAGGAAUCUUCUGGUGGAAGGCCAUUUCAGAGGGAUUCCAGAGAGAGCAAUUGGAAGAAGCAAAAGGGCACUUUGCCAAGUCCCUGGAUAUUUACAUUAGGGACAGCUAUGGUGGCUUUGGAAUGAAUGUUCUUGCAGGUAGUAAGGUGUCCAACACUCUUUCACAAGCACACUCUCCAAGAAAAACACUCCAAAAUCUCCAAACCAAAGUGCAAGUGUCUGAGGCCAAGACAGGUGGCCCACCAGAAGCAGAUGGAUUUGUGCAAUGGAAAGCAGGCCUCAUUGCCAACAAUCAAACCUGGUGCAUUAUCGACCGGGGACACCAGCUGGUACCCAUUUGGGACAUCAUCCUCUGCAGCCACAGAAGUGAUUUUAAGAAUGCCCUCCAGAUGGCUCAGUGUCUUAAUGACACCUAUACUACUAUGACAAGCUUCAAUGCCAAGAUUCAGUAUGAGGAAGAACUACUGAAUACUGAGAAGGAGGUUAGAAAUUUCCUAAAGGAUGUGAAAUCCUGGAAAGUAUCAGAACCUGAAGAGCAGCUUCAAAAAUUAAUACACAUCAUGCAGAUGCUGAAUCAAAAAAUGAAAUGUUAUGACACAUGGAUAAACGUAUGUCUUACAAAUGGAGACCUGCAGAAUUUCCUAAUAAAAACUGUCAAAUUUUGCAAAGAAGUUUCCAGUUACAAAACUAAAUUUAUUAAAUCUCAAUUGCGAAAGCUUCUGGAUCCUCACAUCUACAAAGUGACAAACUUUCCCGAGGCUCACUCCAUCAUGCAGUGGAUCCUCCAGUCAGAGACACACCCUGACCCAGAGCAAAUAAAUAUCUCCCACUUUUCUGAAUUAAUUAAUAUCUUAACAAAAACCUACAAUGAACUCAUGGACUUGAAGGUCAACUCUGAGUCUGCAGAGUCAAUAGAAGAAGCUCAAAGAAAGGCUAAUUUUGAAAUCAGCUCGGCUCUCAGAUCCUUUUUCAAUUACCUCCAAGAAGCAGGGAAGACAGACACACGCCUUUUGCUACUUUUCAUUGCAACUGGUGCAGGAUAUCAGGUGGCAAACCAUACUUUUCAGUGUGUAGGGGCAGAUGAGCUAAACUUCCUACUAAAUGAAAUGAGGUCUUCCCACAAUAAAUACCAGGAACUCAAAAGUAUUUCCAUGUACAGGGCCCAGGCAUUUCUGCUGCUCACAGGUCUGACAGCCACAGUUGGAGUCACAGCUGUUUCUCCAGAAGAAAAAACACAACGCCUAGAAUUAAUGAAACAACACAUGGGGCAACCAUGGUCUAAAGAGGUUGUCCAUGUCCUAGGCAAACAUAGAGCAGAAGAUGAUUGGGAUAUUCUAGAGAAAGAACUGAGAUUGCUGAUCAAUGGGGAUUGUGAAGUCACUAAGUCUUCUUUGCACAUGGACGAAGUGGCAAAACAAUUGGAAAGUCUUUUCCAUGGAAAAAAACAACCCCAUGAUCUACAGGAAGAUGAAAACAGAACAGGGGAGGUCAUAGAAAAUAGGCUCUUCCUAGAAUUACUGCAAAGGCUAGGCUUAGAACAGUACUACCCAAAAAGGAUGAGCAGAGCUAACUUCCAUAUUAUCUACAAGAAGUCUGUGCAUGACACAAAGCCCAGCUCUGAAAAGGAGCUUCCCUUUUACUUCCUGCAGAAGUUGCUAAUGUCGGAUUAUAGCCUAAGACACUUGGCCAUCAAGGAUGAUAGAGAGACAGAAUACCACGUAGCCUCAACAACCUCCAAUCAGGAUAAUAAGGAUUUUGAUCCAUAUGAGGACUUUAUUGAAGAUGGCUCCAGUUCCACUAACCUUUCAUCCACAAAGCCAUCCCAGCUCAACAAACACCACAUUCACCCAAUGGACAUUCAGAUGGCAAUUUUUCACUGUGUAGAUGACUAUACCAGGCAAUAUAUUUUGGACAAACUUGCCAUUUGCCAAUUUGCCCUCCCCCUUGUAGUGCCUAAUCCUUGCAAUUCUCAGAUUGAGUUCUCCCUCUGGUCUCUCAGGCAAAUCAGGAGAAGUUGGCAGCAAGUCAGUAAAUCACCAGGUGGGAAGAAGAUCAGUUACAGGAAUCAGCAGAUGUGCUGUGUCUCUACCCCAAUUGUGUCCUUCAUCAGAGUUGGGGAUGGCCUCUCUGCUUCCAAAUCUCAGAUCAUGAACUGUAUUCUAAGUAAACAUAAACAUGAUGUGUUUUUUCACCGCCACUACAAAGGAAGCACAAAAGACUGUCUCUUGAUGGAAGGUGUGGUAGAAGUGAGCUGGUUCUGUCCUGGUGGUGAUGAUGGGGACAGAUUUGACAACUGUGUGACCUUCACCAAUCUUCAUGGAGAUGCAAAGAAACAUAAGCAGCAGCUCACUCUUCUGCAGGAAAUCUCUUCUCUCAUUGUGGUCCUCAUGAAAUUUUCUGAUAACAAUGAAGAAAAUAGGAAGCUUGUUCGUGAGCUAUGCUACUCUUCCAGACCUUUGAUCUUCUUGCUUGAUGACAAAGAAAAAGGCAUGGUCAAUACUUCUGGUCAGAGAGUAAGAAUUGGCAUCAGGAAUAGAAAUGAGGCAGAAUUAACAGAGGAGAUCACAACAGCAAUCAGGCAUUUGCUAGAGUCCCCUGACACUUCUAUCAGCCUAGAAGACUGUUCCCAGAUCGCUCGCCAGCAAGGAUUCCUCAUUGAUGAAGACAACAGAGAGUGUAAGGAAGGCAAAGAAAAGGCACAAAAUGUAAUGGCCCUCCUGUCAGAAACAGAGUUAUCUCACGUGAAGGAACAUUUACUGCCCUUACAGGGAACACUGUGGCACCUGUGGUGUAGAAAGGACAAAGAGCUCUACCAUCUGACAGAGAAGGGCAAUCGGAGCAUUGAGCAACACAAGAGUGACAUUGAGACAGAGAAACAAGAGAUACGGCAACAACAGCUGAUCAAAGCCUUUCCUCUCAAUGAUUUAAUGAGAUCUGUUCUUGAAAUUCUUCAGGGAAAUUCAGAAACUUACAGCAAACUCUAUUUUUUACCAUGGUUGAGUGUAUUUUUGGAUAAUCUGACUGCACAACACUUAGAACAGUUGCUUGAUGAGCAAAGGUCCUUGUGGCUACAGGUACAAGAAGAGAGGAAAAACAUGCCAAAGAGCAGUUCUCUGACAGACUUGCAAAGUCAGAUAGAGGCCAUUUCCUCAGAGAUUAAUAACUGCAGACUCGGAUUUGAGUACCUUCUCAGAGAAGUUGGCCAAAUCUAUGAAGCUCUGGAAGAAUCAUCCUCAAAAAAAAUGGCUCUCUCUCAUUCUCUACCUGAAAUUGCUGCAGAUCUGAUGAUAUCUGGUGUUCCCAUUGAGCUGAUGGAUGGGGAUGCCUCAUAUGUGCCUCUAAAGUGGGUGGCAGCUAUUUUUGACAAGCUUGCAGAGAAACUUGGAGACAAAAAGCUGUUUGUUCUCUCUAUCCUUGGCCUGCAGAGUUCAGGCAAGUCCACUCUGCUGAAUACACUCUUUGGGCUGCAGUUCACAGUCAGUGCAGGCAGGUGUACCCGGGGGGCCUAUAUGCAGCUCCUAAAGGUGGAGGAGACAUUCACAGAGGAACUUGGCUUUGACUUUGUGCUAGUUGUGGAUACCGAAGGUCUCCGAGCCCCAGAACUCAGUAAUAAAUCCCAGAACAGAGACAAUGAAUUGGCAACCUUUGUCACUGGACUUGGGAACUUGACUCUCAUCAAUAUAUUUGGGGAGAACCCAUCAGAGAUGCAGGAUAUCCUACAGAUAGUUGUCCAAGCCUUUCUGAGAAUGAAACAGGUGAAAAUCUCACCAAGUUGCCUCUUCAUCCAUCAGAAUGUGGGGGAAGUUACUGCUGAAGACCAAUUGAUGGAAACACGUAGGAGACUAGUGCAGAGACUAGACGAAAUGGCAAAAUUAGCAGCAGCACAGGAACAGUGCUCAGACAUCACCUGCUUCAAUGAUGUCAUUAAGUUUGAUGUCAACACUCAGGUCUACUACUUUGCGCAUCUCUGGAAUGGCAAUCCUCCUAUGGCCCCUCCCAAUCCUCGCUACAGCCUCAACGUGCAGGAAUUGAAAAGUAAUAUUCUUAUGAGUGCCAAACAGGAAUCCAAGGGAAGCAUCAUGAAGAUAUCAGAUGUAAAACUUCGUGUUCAAGAUAUGUGGAAAGCUCUGGUGAGUGAGAACUUUAUUUUCAGUUUCAGGAACACCAGAGAAGUUGUGGCCAUGAGCAAACUGGAAACCAUGUACAACCAGUGGACCUGGCAACUGAGGAGUCAUGUGCUGGAACUGCAGAACCAGCUGACCAACCAGAUUAAGAAUGGGAAAAUGCAGACACUCAACAGAAGCACAGUUGAGACACCAGUUAAAGAAAAAUAUGAAGCUGUCAAGCAAGAAUUUGAAAAAUUUUUAAAUGAAGAUCCAGAUAAUGAAAUACUAAUUCAAUGGAAAGCUAAUUUUGAGCAUAAACUCCUCACACUUAAUAAGAAACUCAUUUCAGAAUGCAGAACAAAAAUCAAUGAACUUAUUCAUUUUAAAGACAGUCAAGAAAGUCUGGAUAAGAAAAAAGCAAACUAUGAAAGAGAAUUAUUAGAAAAGAGCAGGAGGUUGGCUUUAUCUAUAAAGGAUAAAGAGUUAAGUAUGGAAGAGAUACAGAAGAAAUUUCAUCAACUUUGGACAAAAUGGAUCCAUGAUGUGUCCUCAACUUUCCCUCAAGUCAAAGAGCCUAACAUUAAGCUAGAAUCUGAAAACAUCCUUUUGAAUUAUUUCAGACGUGAACCAAAUGUGGUAGAAACACUGAGCAAAAAUUCUGGAGAGAUAUUCCAACUCAAUUAUACCACACAUGUGAAAAUAAGUAAGAAAUAUUACCUUUUCAAAAAUAAUUUAGAGGCCCAUGAUAAAGAAACCAUUAGUAUGACUAAUAAUCAGAUUAUUGCAAGAUAUGAAGAAACUAUUACUGACAUUCAGAUGCACCAACGUGGUUACAGUUCCAGUGAUUUCCAUAAAAUCCUGCAAAUAGUAGAUGAGGAAAUAAAAUCUGCACCUGGAAAAGAAAGGUAUUCCUUUACAAAAAAAUAUCAAGUUGACAUAUGUCGGCAUUUAUUCCAAAAAGCCUCACAGUGUUUUGAGGAGAUGCACAGAACAUUCAAGAGAGCAAAUGACCCUGUGACCUACUUGGAGUCUAAGAAAGAUGAUUUCUUCAUGAGUUUUAAAAUCUCCUGCCAAGGAGCAACUUCUAUCACAACAUUUGUUGAUUUUCUAUGGAAGAAACUCUCUCCAGCUGUGUCCACCACCAUAAGACAAAAAACAGUCCCUAAAAUUGCUGGGGACAUGAGAAGUACCUGUCCUGAAUUCAACGGAAACAGAGCUAACUUGGAGAAACACAUUCUCAUCUCUCUGGCAGAGGAGGAGAACUUUGAAAAUUAUUGUCAAUAUAUUGAAAAACCAAAAUCAUUUUUCAAGAAUUACAUUGAAACAUGUAUUAGAAAGUACUGUUCAGGAUCAGGGGCUGAAACAAUACAGGCUUUUUUAAAACUAAGUUUAGAUGACAUAAAAAAUGCCCUGCUCUCCGCUAUUCAUAAAUCCACAGCAGAAGCUAAAGACAAAAGCAGCACUGCCUCUGAGUGGCUGGAUUUGUUCUGUGAUCACCUCGGGAGCAACUUCAUCUUUCCACGAAGUGACUUGAUAAGCAUUGAACACCAGGAGAUUAAAGACAUGGAGUUUCUCAAGCAAGCCAUGAGUGCAGCUCUGGAUCCUGUAAUGAAGAUAGUUGAACAAAGCUGCUUGAGUAAACCUGUAGAUGAAAUGGUUCCUGCAAUUGAGAAACUACUCUCUGAACACCUGUGUGGCUGCUGGGAACAGUGUCCCUUCUGUAGAGCCAUCUGCACAAACACAAUACCUAACCAUGAUGGAGAGCACAGUGUUCCUUUCCAUCGACCACAGGGAGUCAAUGGAUGGCAUUGGAGAAUGACAGACAACUUGAUCACUGCUUGCUGUACAAGUUUGGUGGCAAGUGAUUCCUUAUUUCAACGUAUUGAUGGCCAGAAAUUCCCAUACAAGAACUACCGAAAUGCAGGAGGGGAUUAUGCCACGUGGCGCAUCACUCCAGAUUCAUCCACCCUGCCAUACUGGAAGUGGUUUGCUUCUUACUUCAAAUCACAUCUGGAAGAGAAAUAUCAGCUUAAAUUUGCAGGUAAAGGUCAAAUUCCUGAUGCAUGGGCCAGAAUCACAAAGCAGGAAGUGCUUGAGGACUUGAAAAAGCAGUAAUAUUCAUGUGGUGACAAGAAUCUCAAGAUCUACCUAAACAAACCUUAAAUUUCUCCUUAAAGUGAGAAACACAAUCCUGCCAUUUUCAAAAUGGAAAGCUGAAAAUGUAAGUCAAUUCAUCUGUUCAUGAAUUAAA